UUCUGCCAUCUGAUGUCGAGACAGUGUUGCUAGGGGCAACCAGAGAAAGAGGAAUAUGGAUAGACCAGCUGGUAUGAGACACGGCAGCCUGGGAGAAUGAAACAGCAUCAGCAAACAGGAGGGAGACCUGAUACCUCUGCCCUCGCUUUCCUUGGCUUCUGUGAGCUCAGCUGAUCAAAGCACAGCUGAAGCAAAACAGUCGAACGGAGGACACGACAGGCUGCCAGCAUCAGCAGCAGCGGAGCGGCAGGCUGCUGGCCAAUCAUCAGCUGAGUUUGACAGCCAAUGAGCUGCCAGGAGGCUCCUCCCCAUCACAACCUGCUCAGACGCAGAGGCAGCCGAGAUAGAAGCCCAGCUCAGAUCUCUUAUUAAUGAAUGGAGCAGUUCCCAGGCUGCAUCACUGCACAUCUCCGCACACUCUGCUUGGCUGCGAUACAGGAAGACUGGGAAAAAACACAUUAACAGUGGCAGAACGGACAGCAGCGAUACAUCAGGAAUUAUACAGGACCAAAGCUGGCAAUGGCAAUGAAGGGUCGACGAACAGACACUCAUCAGGAGGACACCAGCGAGGACAUGGCUCCAGCUAUUGAAUAUCCCCAACCACCGGAUGCACCUUCUCCUUCCUCCUCCUCCUCCUCCUCAUCUCCUCUUGCCCCACUUCCACCAUCUACAUCCGCCUCUGCUCUCCUGGGGCUGCCCUCUCCGACUACCAGACGUUCCAUUUCCAUGGGAGACUUCCGGAGGGUAACAGGGGCUCUGCUAGCCACAUCUGAACCCCCAUCCACAUCUGCCACCGCCCCCUCCUCCAAGCUUGUAACCCCCAGCUCCAGCAUGGAGUUCGAGGCAGCCCGGCGGCGUCUCCUAGAGGUAGAGGAGCGCCAGCGUGUCAUCCGAGAGAUGGAACGGCGGCUGGAGGAGCUCAGGGAGGUGUUCGUUCGCUCCGAGCAGGAGGUGGUGGUACACGGGGAGAUUGUUUCGAGGAUAUCCACUUCAGCCCAACAGGGGGAGCUGUACGUAGCAGAAAGUACCCAGCGCCUGAAGAAAGGCCUGAGGUUUAAGAAACACCGACCCACCAUCGUGUUCUCCUCCAUGCUCGGACUCCGUACGUGCCUCCCGUGGCCCGUGAAGCUCAAAUAGAUUCUCACAUUUCUGCUUUUGCUGUAGAAAUGUGCUAUGGAAGGAUUCUCUUCCAUCUUUUAGCUAUCAUUUAUUGACACAGCUGCUCUCUGGUUUCCACCUUUCUGCUCUUGUAUCCUGAGGCUGGCCCUACAGGUCUUUAGAGUGCCUACGAAAAAAAAAAAAAAAAAUCACAUAUACUAGUAAGGAGCUCAAACAGUGUAUCUCUGAGGAAAUUCUUUGGCUACCAACAUGAUCAAACCACUCAGUACUGUGUCUGAUGUGUAGGAUAUCAUGUCUUCAUUUUUUUUUCCACAAAUGCUUUGCUGCUUACAAAUUUUAAUGGCUUGGGACUUUGGUUGAUUGUUUCUCUGAUAUAAAAUCCUUGCUGCAUAGAUGAGUCAUUUUCAGGUGAUGUGAGAGGAGAGGUUGAGACUCGUGUGCAAGGUAACAAGAGCUUAUACAGGAGUAAAUGAGGAGCUAGAGGGAAGAAGAAGAAGAAGUAAGAAACAAGACAGGCUGCCUCUGAACUAAAUAAGAAGAAACAGUGAAUCUGCAGUAUGACAGGAAGUGGUGCAUUGUUAUGUAAAAUCAAGGACCGAGCAGAAUUCCGUGAAAAGACGAUGCACAAAAGGAGAGUUUAGAAACGUGCCUUGGCCUCUUUGUAAACCCUGUGUCCACGUACAACAACCUCUUUUUUUCGGGCAGUGUAAUAAACAAGGAAAAGGAGAGAGGAGAAGGGGAGUUCAUACUGGGACAAUUCCACCUGUGGCCUCUUUUUCAAUCCAGUCACCUAGCAACCACCGAUCUCCCACUCCUCAAUCUGCUUCCACUAUAACCUCCAGCAGAAGAGCCCUCCUAGAGAGCUGAAGGAUCUAGGAACGACUAUUUCUGCAGAAAAUGUGCAUAUGACGUACGAUAACUGGCUAUGUGGGUGCAGAUAGAGAUGCUUUUGCCUUUUGAUUUGGAUGAUGUAGGUUAAAAGCCAUGCACGAAAAGCUGUUUUCCUGGUUGUGACUUGGUGUCGGUACACUGUGCAUGUGUCAACACUAUUAGCAAGAGGUGACACCACUGUAAUGUGCAGAUAACAGCUGUGCUGGUUUACUGCCCACAGUGUUGAGAAAAAGAUCUAAUAAUAAUGAUUUAGUAUCUCAAAAUAGUGUGUCAUUAUUGUGAGAACAUUUGAGAUAUGGUCGUUAUUUGGGCAUACUAAUGUAUUAUUUAAACCUUUUUUUCUCUACACAGUGGCAGAAAUUGUUAUUCACAACCAUAACAACAUGCAUCUAUCUGAAUUCCAGCAUCUUUUCCACUCCAAUGAUUGUAUUUGCCUCCUACAUCGAUCAGUAAUAGUGUCGUCACCCUUCACAUGCAGUUUGUCCGUGACCUGAUUUCCACAUAUAGAUCUGGCUAAUUUUUGGCCUAAUUCUUCUCCCUCUUUUCUCUUCUUUUUUUUGGAUUAGUAGUGACUUGCCUCUCUCGUAUUCAUCUGCUCCACCAAUCCCUUGCUUCUGCUGUUUCUGUGUCUGUGUGUUUGUACGAAGCAUAGCCAGUACACCAGGGAUAUAUCUAUUUUUGGCAUUCGAAGGUUAUGGCGUGCGAUCUCAGCUCAGCUCAGCUCAGCGUUCGUUGUAGGUUACGACAACGUAUGAAUGCAUGUCAGAUUCCAUCUUUGUGUGCUACUUUCCCAAAAAAAAAAACUGAAAGGGGAUUUCUUUCAAGAGUAGAAUCCCUGAUGGUGCUUUGUUCGCUCCUGGAGAACAAAUAAGAACGAGGAUGUUUAUUAGAGAGGCACAUGCUUUGCCUGUAAAAACGCUCUGAUUUCCAUAAAGUCAUCACUUACUCUAGAUAUUCGCUCCACGGUUGGAAAGACCGGGGCACUUAAAUGCAUCAUUUAAGAUGAAUUACAAAUGCAUAUGUCUGUUCGUCUCUACUGAGAAAAAUCCAUUGAUGAAUUUUUGCUCUGAGAACCGGCUGCUUGCAUCACGAACCCUAAAAAGGAGACAAAAACAUGUUCAAUGAGAUGUGAAGGACUGAAGAUUAAUUAUGCACAUUGAUGCUAAUUGCAUAGAGGUGAGAGAGAGAGUUAUCUAGUAAAUUUAACAAGGGCUUAAAUGAUCACUUUGAGUUCAUUGGGAGCAAAAAUCAAAGCUUGAGCGUAACUGACAUUAUCAGCUUUUAGAUACAUGAUAGCCAUGACGACCUCUUCGUUGAAUGUUGACUUUAGGAGCAUUCCAAAUGGCCAAGGGAACCACAGCUUUGCCGUCUUUGUGCAUACCAAACAAUAUCCAGUAGGCAAACAGGAUGCUUGUGCAGAACUAAAUGGUCUUACAGGCCUUAAACGUGUAUUCAUGGUCCUACGUGCAGUAUAUAGUUACAUAUACUGUUCACUUAUCCAACGCUUCUCAUAUGCCUUAUGCAGUGUUUGUGCAUUGGCAGCGAUUAUAUAACGAUGAUACCUGAGGUGACGGUGAUGAUAAACUGGUGAACUCAUGACCAUCAUAAACCUCAUCCAGAACUAUCAUUGAACAGA